AAGGAAAAUAAUCACUUAACAAAAUUAGAAUACAAAAUAGUCGAUAAAAGGAAAGAGAGCAGAUGUGAAAUGCCUGCAGUAGAAGCAAGGACUAAACUGAAUGACAUGAGUGCUUUAGACAUGGAGAAUUCUUGCGAUUUAGAAACAACAAUGCAUUCCUUACGUGCAGAUUUUCACGUUCCAAAUUGUUCUUUAGAACACGAAAGCAUUGAGAAGAAAUCAGGUCGUCUAUACAUGCACUUGAAAUUAAACGACAGAGAACGGAAGUUGCGAGUGUAUGUCAAAGUGUACAGUAGCAACUUUGACCAUUACGCAAUAGUGAACCAAGAUAAAAGAUUUGGCGGUCAAACUUCUUACAUCAAUUUAAAGAACUACAACGUGGAACGUUUAGACAAUAAAGAUAACACGUUCCAAUUAGUAUCGACACGGCCAGAUGGUGCCACAGUGGUACUUAGCUGCACAAACUCUUGUGAUUUAGAUAGUUGGGUUCAAACUUUAAAAAGUGACGAUUUUAUGCGAACUCGCGCAGGCUCGAGAUCUCCCGUAAUUCCGAGAUCUCCCGUCAUGCCAACUUUGGAGGAAGACACAGAGGAAGAUAACGACAUCGGGACGUGAACUGUAAUCUUUUGUUCAUUGUGGAAGUUUUUAAUGACGUUCAGUCAUAAAGAAAAGAGAUGCUGGUAGCAGGAUCUAGGAAGACUCGCUUUUUUGAGAGUGCGCAUUCGAUUGACGUCAUAGCCAAGAGUCAAACAAAGGACGUUGAAUAUUUGGCCUUAAGGAGUCAAUGGCGCACGUAAUAGAAGUUGAAUCCAUAGCAGUUUGUUUCUAGCAUUAAGUCAAUGACGUAUGGAUGCAGAAUUGAACAUUGCCAUUUUCUCAAAGAUACUUUGUAUCUAGCCAGAUCCGUGGCUUAAACGAUCAUUGAUGGGACGCAAAUAUUUAAUAAUGAAGGCUCGCCAUUUGACACUGUAAAUCAUGUGAUGUUGUUACAUAAUGAUAUUUAUAUUUACAUUGACGUUGAUUGAUGACGUUUUGGAUUUCGUUUUGUAUAAAUCAUGUCAAAUUGAUACAACUGGUUGUCAACUGGUUGUCAAAUUAAGGAAUAUGGAAUAUACCAGUAAUUCUGCUAGCGUUAACCGAUUGGC